CGAAACGAUGGAAAAAACUGUAAUCCUUAUCGUCGUUUUCUUCAAAGUAAGUGUUUGUGUUAAAUUUUGUACAAAAUACGGCGACGAUUGUCCGGAAGAAUUUUGCCAAAGAUCGAUACCCUGUUACCACGGAAACUGCGAUGUUAUGGGACACUGUAUAUGCGAGGCGUGUUACCAGGGCGACAGCUGCGAUAUUUACGAGGAUAAACACCCUCCACUCUUUACGCAUCCCAACGAUGUCGUAUAUAUCGACCAACGUAAGUUGUUAGAGGCGGUGUAUCGCGCUAAAGCCAUCGAUGAGGAUUUUGUCAGCACGUGUGGAAGAAAUUCGACAAAAUGUGACUGUUCGACCAUUCGAUAUUACUUAUUUGAUAUAAAAAAUUAUUUUACUAUAAACAGUAUAACUGGAGAAGUGUUUAUUAAAGAUCCCAAUGGUCUUCUAUCAGUCGAUGUUUACACUAUAUAUAUUAAAGCCAAGGGUGUAAACUACGACGAAAAGCACAACAGUUCGAUCGAGGUAAAAUUUUACGUAAAAACGGGUAUAACUUCCAAUAAAACCAGAGAAAUUCAUAAAAAUGUGUCGUCGAAUGCGCGCUAUACUCCGCUUCGCAGAGAAAAAAGACAGGACCAGUCUGGGUCUGGAAAUUAUUUCGAAUUAAAAAAGAAAGACGGAGACGAAACAAAAUUGAAGGUGGGCGAAAUGGUCAGUUUCGAAUUAAUUGCGACUGUCCCGACAGUUUCGGGAUUAGACGUUACCGCAGAAAUAUUUACGAAACAAGUGUGUAACGACAGCUACGUACCGACAUUAGCAAUAUGCGGCGUUGCGGUGACGACUGCUAGCAGUUCCAUUACGUAUUCGACGGGAGAACCACGAGUCAAGACGAUUUGGAAUGAUAUAACAGUGGCCGAUCGCGUGAUAGUCGAGUUCGGCGAAAUAACGAAUAAAGGUCCCGAAAGUCAAAUCGUGGUGGAAUUUUUCGUCACUCCGGUGGCCAAUCCGGACACGACGUACGAGGUAGAACAUUACGUCACGACGGGUGCCGAGUUUAAUAAGGAAAAUUACGUUUGGCUUUCUCAACAUUCCGUUACUCCAAAUAAGUCGCCUGAAGAUUCUCCGGGAAUUAAAGUUAUCGUCGACGGAUCAACGGAUAUAAACGUAGAUAAAGGGAACGUAUAUACUAUUGAUGCUACAAUCGUAUCGCGAUCGACCGUAGUUACCGUUAUUGUGUGGGUUGAUAACGAUCGAGUCUUGUCAAUUGGUCAUUUAGGAGUUAAAGAAUUUGGGGAAUACUUCGAUUGUAUACCUCGAGAUAUAUAUUAUUAUAAUGCGACCUACGAGAGUGACAAUAAAACGUGUUUGAACACCGAAGCUCGAUUGAGACUCGGAGUGAUUACUAAUACUGGUCCUCCGGAUGAAGAACAGGUGGAUGAUAAUAGGAAGAUUACGUUUACGUUCUCUAUAUACGCCGUUAAUGAUACGAACAAUGUAGGAAAAGAAGUGGGUAUCAAUGCGGGAAUUUUACUCGAUGAAACUAAAGUUUGGUCUUCGAUAAUUAACGUAACAAUUAAAGAAAGGGAAGAAGAUGCUCCAAUAAUAUAUCCUAAAGAUGUUGAAAUUUCUGAAAGUGAAGAUCGAGAUGUUUCGCCUGGAAGUUUGGUAUCGAUUCUUAAUUAUAUGUACGUGGAAGAUUUGGGAGGAUAUUUUAAUUGCAGGAUUAAAGUAGUUGUGCCGAAAGAGGACGACAAAGAACAGUUGGAGCCGUGUGCGGCUAGAUUCGUUAGGGCAGAUUACACUUUUAAUAUCCCUUAUGUGCCUUGUGACGUCGAUGUUCCGUCGGAAAAUAUUGAAGAGAAAACGUAUUUGUUUACAUUACACAGAAUAUAUAUUGUUGAUCAGAGAAAUCCUGGAAAAUACAACGAUUCCCUGGUACUUGUAGAAAUUGUGAUGAAAGUAGCGACGCACGAUAAAUCGACGUCUGGAACAAAACUAAAACCGGAUAUUUUGGUCGAAACUGCAAACGGAUUUGAAUCAUUUUCAGUUGGGAAUUUGGUCAUUAAAGGACCUGCAGAUCCUCCCGUCCCUUCAGUCGUAGUUGACAAUGCAGUAUCGUGGGAUACUUUAUACGACGAAGGAGCGAUCGCUUUCCUUGUCAAAGUAUCUGUCUCGGCAGGAAUUAGCUACGGAGAUUUAGUAUUCGAGGGUGCGGCCGAUGAAAAUUCAAUUCUUAAAAUCUGUACGAGUGAAGUACUGGAAGUAGGACCUCAUCUUCCUUGCACGAGGGCGCAUAUCGACGAUAUCAAUCAAAACGCUACAUAUAGUUUAAUAAAUCCUUCGGAAGCGGCGUGUUUAAAAAGCAACAGAGUUGUAUUAAAAUUAGGAGAUGUCGGAGCCAUAAACAGGGAAGAAGAAGACGAGAAAAACCGUUUUAUUAUUAAAGUUGUUGCUUCGAUACCAGAAUGUUCCGAACCAGUGGAUGAAACUAAAUACGAAUUAGCAAUUGGAUUGACUAUUGGCUCGAAAUCAAUGUGGGCGUCUGAAAUUAAAUAUACGUUUUCUGGAGAAGAUAUCGUUAUUAAAGAGGACAAGGAACCAAUUAUAACCGUUAAACCAUUGACAGAAACCAUAGCUGCCGGUUAUCCGUUGCAAAUAUUGAUAAAUAUAAAUUCUGCCCCCGAUUCGAUCGGUAGAUUUGUAAUCAAAGUGACAGCUUUGACAGAAACGAGUAAUGUGUGUGUUCUUCGAAUUAAUGGUACGGGAAAGCAUUUGCCGUGUGUAGACCCCGAGACUCCUGCAAAAUACCAACCUUACGAAGAUGAUAGAAAAGGAGUGCGGAGGGCAAUAAUUGAAUUGAAAGCCUUAUCAAACACAGGAAGUCCCGAUUCGGACCAAUCGUCAUUCGAUAACGAAUUGCAGGUUAUUGCUAUUGUACUAGUAUCGCAGGAUGCAACAGACGACCAAAAGCUUCAGUGGGAAGUCGAUUACGGAAUCGAUAAAAAAUCUGACGAAUUAAUUAUCCCCGUAGAUGAAACUGCUAUUCCAGAAAUGUGUGAAGACGAAAAAACUUUAAAUUUAACAUUAAAUCCCGGAAACGAAGUUGCCGUGGAUGCACCCAUGUUUGUAAUUCUAGAUAUAGAGCUUCCGGAAUUCUGCGCUGCCGAUUUGCACGUUACCAUAAUAAAUCCCGAUCACGAGAAUCGCAAAUUUCGAGUCUGUUCGGCCGGAGUGGCGUAUUUUGGUGCAAAUUACCCUUGUUUUAAGCCAGAAACACUGAAGACAAUCUCUCCGUGUGAAGAUUGUGGACCGGACGAAGUUGCUCUCAUAAGUCUUCGGACCGUAUGCAAUUCUUACAUCGAUCGAGAGAAUAAUUCUGCAAAUUUAAUACAAUUGAAGGCCGCAAUAUAUCCCACGGAUUAUAUCGAAAAAGAUGAAAUUAAUAUAAAAGUAAAAUUUAAUAUUGGGCAAAGAACAAUCGAUGAUUUGCCUGUAUUAAAUGCAAAAUUUAUUGAAGAGAAAAGUUACGAUGCUCCGGAUAAUAUAGAGGUGGAAUUAUUGGAAGAAAGCAUUCCAAUUAGAGUAAGAGAGAAAACUUUGGUACCAUUCAAAAUAAAGAUAGAACCCAACUAUAUACAGAAGAUUACGAUAAGAGUAAAAUCUCCAAUUUCGGACGGUAGACCCAUUUUUGUUUUUCACGGUUUGCACUUUGCAUCUGCGGGAAGGAAUAUACCGUGCUCAAAUAUUCGAGAAGAUUACGCGUUAAGCUCCGAAGCUCCCACUUGCCAAAAUAACACAAUCGAAGCGGAUAUAGGAUAUUUGGGCAACACGGAUAUCAUUCUAACGGAUAAAAUUGAAGAAGACGACCGAGUCAACUUUAAUAUAUCGGUUGAAUUGACAGAUCACGUUACGGCCGAACACGAAUCGGAACAGAAAAUCUCUAUUUCGGUAACAAUUAACGGCGAAAGUAACGAGCUAGAACAGACAUUUCUUGUAGAAAGAGACGGCAAAGAAACGGCCAAUUUGAUGGUCGAUGUAGCGAAAAGCGGUGGAGAUUGCGGAGAUAAUAUUGUGUUGAAAGUUUCCGUCCAGCACAGCAACGAAUCCAGGGCAGAACCAAUCGAAGUCGUGGUAGAUUUGCAUACACCGCCAUUUUUAAUAUUGGAUUCGGUAACGAGUUGGAACGUUAAAGAACAACCAACGUUCAAUAAUCAAUCCGGAGGCAUAAGAAUAUCGUUUGGUAGCUUGGCAUUCUGCGAAGUAGCCCGAGUGGAAUUUACUGUUAAAGUAGAUUGUUUUCAGAAAUCGUCCGCGUGUGGCAAUAACGUUACCGCGCCCUAUCGAGUAUUAUGCAGGCAAACUCUUCGUUCUACACCCGUUCAAAAUCCACAAGAGGAUAAAUUAUUUUACUGCGCCGAAAUGAGCCAUCUUCAUUACGAAAUAUGUUGCCCCGAGUGCGGAGAAAAAUUAGGAAUCGAUGAUCCGACCGUCGUCGACGAUUGCCAGUUAACGGCAUCCGCGGCAGCCAGUAAAGAUUACGCGGCACAUUUCGCUAGGAUUAUCGGCCAAGGAGAAGAUAGUGGAAAGGUUUGGGCGCCGCCGGUUAGAUCGGGAUUCUGUAACGACUAUUUGCAAAUUGACUUCUUGCGUACGGUCAGAGUGGUGAAAGUCGUUCUUCAGAAAAUCCAAGGAAUGCGUUACGUAACCGAAUUUAAACUUUUGUGUGGAAUGACGGGAGUCGAUUGGACACUAGCGGUUCAAGCUACCACAAAUUUCCGAGAGAAUCUAUCGGAAACGAGACUCGUUAAACCCGUAACGUGCAGGUUUUUCCAAUUAGUAAUCUUACAAAACAAUGAUCCCGACGACUUAAGCAAUUAUAUCGGAGUUAGAAUGGAAUUAUACGGAUGCCCGGUGGAUAAAGCCAAGGGAGCCGAGUGUAAUUCCGACUCCACGUGGUAUUCCGACGAUCCAGCCAAUACGGGUCGACACCUGGUUGGAGGAUGUAAAGACGAAGAAAUGUAUUUUUGCGAUACGUGUACGAACCAUCCCAGUGGAAAUAAGUGUUAUUACACUCUGGACGACGGUAAACGAUGGAACGUGGUGCAGAGAAACAUCGGAAAGGUUGUCGGAUGCGAUAAGGAGACGGGGAUUACGUACGCCGCGGAUAAAAGAAACUGGAGUUAUAUCGGAUUGAAGAACGGUACGUGGAUCCUAGUGAAGGAAAGCGAUUUUAAGGAUAUCGAAACCAAGAGCACGUUUGAAAAACCAAAGGUAAUUCCGGGACUUUGCCAGGAGCAACUCGGAGAAAUCGCCGUUGGAGAAUGGACCGUCGACGUUUACGGAUUGCGUAAAGACGGUGUCGAAUUAACGAAAUGGGACUCUUGCUGUUUAGACGAAUUAAAAAUGUGGAUGAUGCUUUAA